AUGACUUCUAUAAGUGGACUGUCUCGACCUUUCACAGGACAAAUGUUCUGUUGUACAGGAAUACCAUCCUCCCAAAGAGAAGAAAUGGCAACCAAAAUAGAAACACUAGGAGGAAAGCACUACAGUGAUCUCAUGUCUGAUGUCAACUAUCUUAUCGUGGGUGACCGGAAUACAGAAAAGUAUCGGUUCUGUAUCCGAAACCGUGCAGAUAUCAAGUUUGUAACAGUUCAAUCUGUGCUUAAAGUACACCAUGCAUGGAUCAAUGGAGAAGAAAAUCCAGAAGAAAUGAACAUUGAUAAAUAUUUACUUCCGAUAUUCCACAAUAUCAACAUUUGCUUUUCACGUAUCGACUUGUCAACAUCACAGAUUUCAGGUUUAUUGAACUGUAAGUUCAGACAGAACAAGAGUACUUCAUUUUCACCUUCCUCAUUCUUUACCUAUAAGAAUCUAGCGACAAUAGUUUCUCAAAACGGAGGCAAAUCCACUGAAUCCUUAUCACUAACAAAUACAUGUGUAGUAAGUACCGAUUUACGCGGGAAGAGAUACGCCAAGGCUGUUGAAUGGGAUAAGCCCGUGGUUCAUCCAUUGUGGAUAUUUGAUAGUUUGAUUAGAGGGGCCGCUUUGGAUUUUGAAGAUUAUGCAUUGACUAAUGAUCCAUUGGAGAUGUAUGAGCGUGGAUGUAGCGUUUGGUCACAACUUGAUCUAAACUCAACAGUUUCAAGCGAACGGGAAAAAUCCACCACUCCUGUGCGUACAACUACAUUGACUGAACUGAAGAAAAUAAAUAAAUUGAAACGGAGCCAUAAUGAUGAGAUAUGGAAUUCGAUAAUGGAUAAAACUAAAACCAAUAGCAAACGACAGCAGAUGAAAGAUGACAUCUGGGACGAAAAUAACGACAACAGUGAUAGCGACAACGAAAAUACACAAAUUGAAUCUAAGCUGAAACAGGAGGAUCUCGAACCAUCCAAAGAAAGUCAAUUGUUCCUCGGAUUCAAUUUCUUGCUAGUAGGAUUUUCUGCGAAUGAAUUUACAUUGCUUUCAAAAGCCGUUGAAAACCUUCUGGGUGAAGUAACCGAUGACAGCACUGAUAAUUCCAUAACCCAUAUAAUACUUCCUGCAUCUAAAGGCGGCCAAUCCAAUGCCAUGUUGAAGAUCAUGCCGUCUUCUCUUCUUCUGAAAAUCACGAAUGGUUACCUAAAAGUUGUGACUGAAUGGUUUGUCGAGAGAUCUAUGUAUUAUAAACGAGUGAUGACGGAUAGAUGGUGCAUGCCAAUGAAGGGGCUUGCAAAAUCGAAAAAGAAAUUCAAGAUUUGUAUAACCGGGUUCACUGGGAUUGAACAACUUCAUAUUGAGAAGCUUAUCAGCUAUUUGGACUUUGAAUAUUGUUCAAACUUGAAUUCCAAACGAGAUUUGCUAAUUGUUAACAUAAGCUUAUUCCAACCCAAUUUAAACAAGACAUCACCGCAAUUGUUCAAUUAUAAGUAUAAGGACAUUGUCAAUUGUCCAAUAUACCAGAGUGGGAACAACAACUCAUCUGUAGCUAAGAUCUCAUCCCGUAACAAGAUCAAUGCUGCCAAGAACUGGAAUAUCCCGAUCGUUUCAAUCGCAUACCUUUGGGAGAUAAUGGAACUUUCAAUGGGUAAAUCAACCCUAGUUAUGCCCGAGUUGAUCAAUUUGCAAUGGUGUUUGUUUGCACCCAGCAAUUACAGCAAGCCGAAGUCAUUAUUAGAAUAUGUCACGAAUUUGCAGCAAGCAAGCAGUUCAGCGGAGAAGGGCGAAGAGAAGGAGAGUCAAAGUGAUACCCAAGUAAGAUUACCUUCACCCCGCAAGGCCAAGGGUAAAACACGCUAUGGGAGACUUGGAGGUGCUCAAUCGGUAUCUAACAGCAUAAAACGUGUGAUUGAACAUGACGAAGAACAGCAGACGCAAAAUGAAGAAGCGUGCUUUGAUAUUACUAACAUUGAGGAAGACGAUGAAGAAUUGAAUCAAGUCAGAUACCAAGACACAGAUUCUAUCCGGACUGAAGAGCAGUUGAUGAGAAAGUUAAGCGGAACAGAAAUGUUAGACCAAGAAAAGCCUCGUAAAAGGACAAGAACAAGAAGGAAUUAG